UUGCAUACCGUUGCAUCGCCUUUCUCGCAAGGCGUUCGCAUUUUGAGCAUCAGCAAGAGAAGGGAGAGAAGGAGCAUGCAAAUGCGCAAAAAAGGGGGCCUUCCGCGGAAUAUGCUGUUGUUUUGGCCAACAAGGACAAUCAACGGCAUGGUAAUACAGACACUGCUAUACCGAACACCACACGUCACUCGAUAUUAACAGUCGGAUAACUGCAUGGGGGGUUUUUUGCUAUGCGCAACCAAGGUCCAGUCAGGCGCGGUGCACCGGAUUUGCCUCGCCAGCCCGGUUUUUGGUUGUUUUCUUGCCUCUGGCCUACCACUACAUCAUGGUGUUUGCUCUCGUUGGCUCGACGCUCGUAUUGCACGACUCCACGGACAAGCGAUGUCGCCGGCCUCAGUAAGUAAUGGAAAGACGGUCGCGUCUGUUUCAAGACGCAAUGGCCGCUGCUGAGAGAACAGAUGCACAAGACAUCCACAUCGGC